AUGACGCGUCGCCCUGUGAUUGAAUACUACUUCUCAUUCAUCUCCCUAUGGUCCUACGUGGGCAGCCGACGCCUCCAACAACUCGUGCGGGAGCGUAACGCCCAGAUCAUCUACAAGCCCAUCAAUAUAAUGGACAUCUUCUCCAUUUCGGGAGGUCUACCCGUCAAGCAGCGCGCGGCCCAACGGCAAGCAUACCGCCUGGUGGAGAUGGAGCGAUGGACGAAACUUCGUGGCCUGCCGAUCGUGCAGCAUCCAAAGUUCUACCCGGCAGAUCCAUCGUUGGCGCAUCGGGUGCUGCUGGCGGCGAUCGAUGAUUUGGGCCAUGAUAGUGAGCAUGUGCAUGAGUUUGCGAGGAAGGGGCUGGAGACGGUGUGGGCGAAUGAAGCUGAUAUUGCGGACGAGAAGACGAUUGUCGAUGUGGCGAAGGGGUCGGGGCUCGAUGGGGAGAGGUAUCUCAAGAGUGCGCUUGCAGACGAGAAGUUGUCGAAGCAAGAGCAGAGCUUGAACGAGGAGGCGGUCGCGAAGCAAGUCUUUGGGGCUCCGUUCUUCUUCUACAAGGGCGAGCCGUUCUGGGGUCAGGACAGGAUUGAGAUGCUCGAUGAGGCGAUCAAAUCGGGGAGAGAGCUAAUUCCACUGCCGACAUUGAGCUAG